AUGGAGCCAGGGGAGCCCAAGGCUGCGUUUGACGAGACCACCCCAGCGGGGCUGGCACCGGUAAAGCUGAGCUCCAGCAUUCGGCACCCGGAGGCCCCCGUGCACGUCCCUGGGUUUCACCUGCCGUCCAAGUGCGUGCGCCCAGAGGAAGAGGCGCCUGCGGCCGUGUCGGAGGGUCAGCCGUGCGAGAGCCCCGAGUUCGGCUCCUUCCUGUACUGGAGGAAGCCCCUGCCCAGCAUCGAGGAGGACCUGCGGGAGCUGCUGACAGGCGAUCCGGUCUCCGUUGCUGCGGAGGAAGAGGAAAGCGCCUCCGAGGAGGAGAGCGAAGAGGACAGCGAUGACGAGAAGGACUGGAUAACCCCCAGCAACAUCAAGCAGAUCCAGGAGGACGUGGGGCGCUGCGAUGCUCCCCCCACGGACGUGCAGGUUGGGUGCGUCACCACCGACUUUGCCAUGCAGAACGUUCUGCUCCAGAUGGGUCUCCACGUGCUGGCAGUGAAUGGGAUGCUGAUCCGCCAGGCCAGAAACUACGUCCUGCGCUGUCAUGGCUGCUUCAAGACGACAUCCGACAUGACCAAGGUCUUCUGUCCACACUGUGGCAACAAGACUCUGAAGAAGGUUGCCGUGAGUGUGAGCGAUGACGGCAGCCUGCACAUGCAUUUCUCUCGCAACCCGAAAGUCCUGAACCCACGAGGGCUUCGGUACCCCCUGCCCGCUCCCCAAGGGGGGAAGCACGCCAGCAACCCUCACCUGGUGGAGGACCAGCAGUUCCCGCAGCAGCGGCUUUCCCGAAAAGCCAGGGAGAAAACCAACGUCUUCGACCCCGACUACAUCGCGGGGGUUUCUCCCUUUGCAGAAAACGACAUCUAUAGCCGUGCAGCCAAUCUGCGCAUCCGGGAUGCGGCCCUGGGUGCAGGCCGGCGCCGCGUGAAUCCCAACGCCGCUACGAGGAAGUUCGUGAAGAAGCGGUGAAGGGAGAGGAAGAGCCGUCUGCUUGGGUCAGCUGAGCAAUAAGUCACAUUUUCAUGCCUGAUGCACAUGCAAGAGCGAGGCUUCUUGCUGGGUCUCCCUGUGCAGACCCCGAGCUGGUGGCACUGGGAAGGCCCUGGUGCCACUGCUUUCCAUGCUCACCUGGGCGCAUAGAGCAUCAGGCCUCUUUUGACGUGAGGCAUCUAUCGAACUGGAUCUGGCUGUAUAUUUUGCUUGCUUCUGAUGUGUGGCAGCGUUGGACACUUCAGUGCUUUUAAUAAAUAAGGUCAUGGCAGCACGUGGCUGUUUCGC